UACAUGGCUCUAACAAACACUUUCUCCGGCCAGACUUACUGCUGGGUUUUUCGCAACCGACUGAUUCAGCGUCCGUCCAGCACAUUUGUCUUCUGCUGAUAAAUAACCGUGGAGCAAUGGGGGAACUCUACAAAGUCUCUGCUACAGCAAGAGUCCAGGCUUUAGAGAAAGAAUUGGCUGGAGACCUGGAAGAACUGAAGCAAGAAAUUGAAGAAAAUGAAAUAUUACAGGGGACACCUACACGGCCUUUCAGUUCUGUUUAUAUACCGAAGGACAUUUCUUAUUUCAGGAAGGAACGUGAACUGCUGCUGAAGAAAGGUUUGAAGGUGGCUGAAGCGAAACCACUUUUGAUUCAGGCAGACGUUAUGCAGAGAGAGCUGGAGAGCUGUCUAAAGCAGGAGUAUACAGCUGAUAGUUUACCUCUUCUCCUCCACCAGUUUUUCACAGAUCGAAUCCACCACUUGGUGCAAUGCAAAUAUCUGCACAUGCUCAGAUGGAAACGAUUUUGUCAGCAUACAAACAUCAGUGAACAAAUCUAUCCACUUUAUAAGAAACAAGUUGCUCGUAUAAUGAAGGAGUAUGAUGACACUGUUCAGAGAGCUCGAAGGCUUUCAGCAGCCAGAGAACAUUUUUUAACAGAAACAGGGAGUGCCAGUAAAUUUGUGACACAGGAAGAUGUGGUUAUCUACCUUCAAUGGCUGGUGUGUCAUUUACGUUCUCUGACAACUAUCCAUAACUAUUUAAGGGUGUUACAGUACCUGCCCAUGUCUCACAAUAUUGAGGCAGCACCUGAGAAGCUUUUUGAAGCAGAUGAUGAAGAUAAAGGCAGCACCGUCACAUUGCUGACCUCCUUAUGUACUCCUACACGUCCCAACACAGCUUUCUCCAGUGUCUCUGGAUCAGCCGGAAAAAUGUCAGUUCUCCAAUCAUCAGCUGGAGCCCGUACUGUCUCGAUCUUCAACAAAUAUUCCACUGUCACAGGCUUUGAAGGUAAAGAUGAAGCAGAAUUUAAACAUGUUGUGAAACUUCCAUAUUGCAAUGGAGUGUCCUGA